AUGGAGCCCAAAUUCAAGCGCCCAGUGGCCUCAUCGAGGGCGCUUGCUGCAUUCACGAAGGGGACGCAGCUAGAAAUACAGUAUGCUGGUGCUCCUAGUGGAGUAGAUGCCAACUUACUUGUGCUCUUGCAUGGGCUUGGUGACACAUCGAAGCCCUUCUUUCGGCUUGGCGAACAACUUCAGCGAACACUGCCUCAAACAGCCAUUCUUAGUGUGCAGGCUCCAAUUCGCGUACCUUUAUUGGAUGAAGAUGCGUGGAUGUGGUGGGAUAGUUUUGACUCACUCGGAGAAGUCAAUAUGCGCCCCGACCCUCGCCACGCUCUUCGCGAUAUGCGAAACUUGUUUGCGUACCUAACUGAACCAGACACAACGGGGGGGUGUGGAUGGUCUAUGCAGCAUAUCCACGCUUUUGGAUUUGCUCAAGGCGGCACUGUUUUGCUGGAAUCACUUGCCGCUAUGCGCGCGCAGACGUUGGGUAGUGCCACGAGCGUGUGUGGCCCCCUUCUCUCGCUUCCGACAUAUACUCCGCCCUUACCUAUUCCGGUAUGUUUUGUGACGCGCAGUUUGGGCGCGUCUUCAGCAACUCGUGAAGAUAUCCGAGCAGUCGAGCGAGGAUUUCGGAAUGUGACACACGUACAUUACAAUGCGCCGAACAUGGGCAUGAUUCAAGGCAAAGAGUGGGGGGAUAUUAUGCGGUUUUGGAGUCCGCGAUGGCGCAAUCUAACAAUGUGGGAGUUGGAGGGUGAGGUACACGAGGUAUCAUAA